UAUACCCUUAACAAAGUAAAUGCUAAUUAUGUCGAUUCAUUCAUUUCACUUUCACUUCCACUGUAACUAACAUGCUCUCACACACUGUUAUACUCUGCUUCCACUCCAACUCUCACUCUCACCCAUGACUUCCAAAACGCGUCGUUUAACCACCUGUCACCGUCACCCUUCCCAACCCAUCACCGGUUUCUGCGCUUCCUGCCUCACGGAACGUCUCUCCGGCAUUGAAUCCGCCGACGCCGAACCUGAACUCCGCCGUUCCAAAUCUUGCUCCGGCAGCCGCGCCGGUGACCAAGCUUCUUCCUCCGCCGUCGAGCCCCGCCGUAGGUCGUGUGAGAUCCUUGCUCCACCGGAGCAGAACCGUGGAACGCUUUCGGACCUGUUUAACAUCGACGACGAGAAGAAAAAGCAGAAACCUGGUUUUAAUCGGUGUCUCGAAAACGAAUCUCGAAAAUCACGUUUUGAGAUUAUAGAUUUCGACGGUGGUUGUGACAUUGGUAGGGUUUUGGUUGAAGAUGAAAAUGAUGAAGAAGAGACGAAGACGAUGAAGGAGUUUAUAGAUCUUGAAAUUCGUAGUGGGAAGAAUGCAGGGAGAGAUUCUUCUAGAACGAGUUUCUGGGAUGCUGCUUCGGUUUUCAGCAAGAGAUUGAGGAAAUGGAAGAGGAAACAAAAGUUGAAGAGAAACAAUGCCGAUUGCGAAGGCGGUGUUGUUACCGGAAAUGGCGGUGGUUUGAGAAGUAUGGAGGUUGAGAAGCAAAGGAGGAGAAAUUUGAGAGAAACGCAAUCUGAGGUUGGAGAAUAUGGUUUAUCAUUGUGUAGAAGAUCAUGUGAUACUGAUCCUAGGUUAUCCGUAGAUGAUUCGAGGUUUUCAUUUGAUGCUCCUCGUGCUUCUUGGGAUGGUUAUUUGAUUGGGAAAACGUGUUCGAGGUUUUCGCCAAUGGUUGCUAUAAAUGAUGAUAGGGUUUUGGUUGAAGAAGAAGAAGAUGAAGAAGGAGAAGAAGAGGUGGUGGAGAAUUUGGAAAGUAGUGGUGGUGGACUACAUCCUGGUGAUUCAGCUGAAACAAAGCAUUACUAUUCGGAUCGGAGGAGGAGGAGUUUCGAUAGGUCAAACCCUCGAAGGAAAUCAGCGGUGAUUGGAGAUGUUGAUGAAUUGAGAGUGAUAUCUAAUGCCAAGGUUUCUCCAGCUACAACUGAGUUAUUCUACGGUGCAAAGGUUUUGAUCACUGAGGAAGAUUUGAGGGAUGCUAAUUUGAAACCUAAGAAUAGUGUUAAUGUUCAAUCUGAUUGUAGAACAGGAUCUGCUUCUAAGGAAGCUUGUGAUGUUGAAAUUGGAAAUGAUCAAAAGGGAACAAACAAGUUUCACAAAUGGGGCAAGUUGUGGAAUAAGUUGGGAUUAGUACAGAAGAGAAAGGAAGAUAAAUUGGGAGAGGAAGAAUCUGUUGCUGGUGAUGUUGUUAAUAAGCCGAUUGCAGAGUCUUGGCAGAAGUUGAGGAGGGUGGUUAAUGGACAAGGGAGCGAAUCGGUUAGCCAAAAGCUUAUUCGUAGCUAUAGUGUUAGUUGUAAAAAUCAUAGUAGAACGGCUGGGUUAGUUAAUGGUCUUGGUGGAGGUACUGAAACCAAAUGCAAUGUUUUGAAUGGAAGACAAGAGUUAACGCUUCAAAGAAAUCGGAGUGUUAGGUAUUCGACAAGUAAUGUUGACACCGGGUUGUUGAGAUUCUAUUUGACACCGUUGAAGAGCUAUAGGCGAAGCAGAUCGGGAAAGAGUAACUCAAAGGAUUUUAAUCCAUCAGCCAGAAGUUUCUUGUAAAGCUGUAACUUUUGAUAGAGUAUCUGGUUGGAAAAAUUAUAUAUAGUAUUGUUGUUUCUUGUCCAUUAGAUAAAGUUCAUCAUGUUGUUAGAUUUUGGUUGCAAUUGUUCUGUGUUCACAUUAGUUUGUAGCAGAAUAGAACAUCGAUACCACGAUAUUAUUAGCAUAAUAAAUUUCUGGUUGCAACAU